CCGUGCACUGCCGCUGCUUCCGGUUGCGGCUGUCAGGAGGACUCUCCGCUCCUCCCUUACCUCUUUGCUCAUCGCUGGCUGAAGCGAUGGCGAGCGGAGGCCCGAGUGUCCCAGUCACAGAGGAAGGGGAGGCGGUGACGGUGUCCGGACCCGGGGCGGCAGAAGCCGAGGAAGAGGAGGAGGAAGAACAGGAGGUGUUGGCUUUGGCCGUCCGGCUGAGGCGACGUCUGAGGGGCUGGGAGGCGACCGUGACUGCUGUGCAGCGGCUGUUGGUUUGGGAGAGGCCGCCGCAGAGCCUGGCCGGGGCCGUCGCGCUCGGAGCUGCUCUGUGGCUGUUUUCUUCCACUUCAUUGCGUCCCCUGUUCCUCCUCAGUACUGGUUUUAUUGGAGUUCUGCUGUUGGAGAGAUGGAAGCCCCAAUUUUUAUUGGAUUUCUCAGUACAGCCCUUAGAAGAACCUGGGGGAGACAGUGACAGUGGGAUGGCAGGAGCACAGCCUCAUCUGCUCAGUGUUUCAGAACUCUGUCGUUGCCUGGCUGAGAGUUGGAUUACCUUCAGGCUAUACCUGCAGGAACUUCUGCAGUAUAAGAAGCAAAACCCUGCCAAGUUCUGUGCUAGAAUCUGCUCAGGAUGCCUGAUUCUAGCAAUUGUAGGACACUAUGUUCCAGGAAUCAUGAUCUCCUACAUUGUCUUACUUAGUAUUCUGCUGUGGCCACUGGUAGUAUACCACGAACUCAUUCAAAGAAUGUAUACCCGUUUGGAGCCCAUCCUAAUGAAACUGGACUACAGUAUGAAGGUGGAGACUUUGCAUCUUAAACAUGAAAAGAAAAAGCGUCAAGGAAAGAUUGAGCCAGAAGCUGGCAGUGAACCAAUGGCAGAAACAGAAAGUGAGAGUGAAGCAGAACUGUCUGGCUACUCUCCAGUGGUAGAUGUGAAGAAGACAGCUCUGGCAUUAGCAAUCACAGAUUCUGAACUCUCUGAUGAGGAAGCCUCUAUCCUGGAAAGUGGAGGAUUCACUGUCUCCAGAGCUACAACACCACAACUGACAGAUGUGUCUGAAGAUCUGGACCAGCAAAGCCUCCACAGUGAGCCUGAAGAAUCCUUCUCCAAGGAUUUAGCAGAAUUCCCUUCUGUGGAAGAGUUCCAUUCCAAAGACUUGGGACCACCCAGUGAAGAUGACAAUUUUGGGGUGCCCAUUCAAAGUGCACACCAGCUGGACUCUGCUGAGGAGGAGGAGGCGGUGGUGGCGGCGGCAGCAGCAGCAGCAGCAACCAUGAGUUCGGACACAUCCAUUCUGUGCCUGGCCUCACCCCUGCACUUUGUAAAUACUCAUUUCAAUGGGAAUGGGCAGGCAGUGGUGGGAGGAAUCCCUGAGUCCCAAGCCACCUGUGCACAAGGCCUGGGGCUACACAUCGAUUCAUUGAGUCAAGAGAUUGUCACUACUGCUAUCAGUACAGUUGUGCAGAACACCCUGUCAGCUCUGCUCCACUCCUCGGAGGACAGUGAGGGGCCUUCUUUCUCUGAGUUCCUGCCUACUGAACCGGAGGAGAGACUCAGCUUCCAGGCACAGCUAUCUGAGAAUGAGGAGGUGGGAACAGCAACUCUGCGUGGGGAGGAGGAGGAAGAGGAAGCUGAUGAUUUCGAGCUGCUUGAUCAGAAGGAGCUGGAGCAAAUGGAUACAGAGUUGGGCCUUUCUGGAGAGACAGAAGCUCUGGGAGCUCCUCCUCAACCUCCUGAAGAACCAUCACCCUGAUCUCACUGUUCAGUCUUGUUUCUGUAGCUGCAAGAAAGGACAAAUAGACACAUAGAGAAGUUUAGGCUAUGCUGAAGGACAAACAGACAUACGGCAAAAUUCAAGCAAAGCACCCAUAUUUGCAGUGUUAUGUGUGGAAUCAAAAGUUGUUGUCCUCCUCCUAGUAUUGGCCUUUCCAUCAGGCCUGUUUCUGCCCAUGCUUCUUAGUGAUGAUGCAGUCUUUGUCUGCUGCUGCAAUUUUUCUGUCUUAGUCUGUUUUGCAGUCUUUAUUUCGCACACCAUAUCUUCAGCUAGAUAUUCCCACCACUACAACCUAUUGCUCAUCCCCAUGUAUCCAGUAAGAAAUAAAGGAGUUUUAUUCAGCAGGGAGGGUGUAAAUAAUUUCAUGAAAACAUUGGUCACUUAAUUGAACAGGAAGGAGAAACUGGUUCUGUGGAGAAGUAGAUUUGGGAUUUUUUUUUCUUCUCAGAAAUGUCGGGGAAUGGAAAGUAUGUUUUCAAUAGUGACACCAUGUAGAGGAUUUUUCCUGUGAAAAUGAAGGCAAUCUGGACUUAGCUACCUAUAUUGCACAGAAAGCAGAUGCUUCUGCAGUUCCAAGCAUCAGUGCUACCUUUUCAAGUAUGUUAAGCCUUCAUUUUCCUUUAUACAAUAGUGUGAAUACACUGUGCCCAAUGGUUUCCAGGAAGGCAUAGCCUGAUUUUAUUUGUGCUGAACCUCAUAUCUGGUUGUCUGGAAUUUUUUAAAAUGCACCUGGAAAAAAUCAAAUUUAAUUGUAGAAUCUGGAAGCCUUCCUCUUCCCUUUCUGCUGCACUUUAAAUACAAGUAUUUCUGCUUGUUGGUACCAACCCAGCCCUGAUAUGUCCUGGGCAGAGUGCAUUCUUCUAAUGCCCUUAGCCUCACCUCAGGCAGAGAAGCAGAGCAGCUAGAAAAGACAUUAUGUGAGACCAUAGAAAGAAUUCUAAUGUCAAAAAGUGGAGGAAGGGUACUCGCUUUGCCUAUCACCUCUCUUCACUUUUGAAAGACUAAGGAUUUCCAUUGAUAGAAUUUUUUUUUUUGCUAAUUGGAAUAGUAUGUGCAUUUCUAUUUUCAGGAGAAAGAACAGGGCAAGAUUGUCCUCCCCCCUCCCCCCAAAAAAGUGGUUGAUGUCUGUAGGGAUGGUUUGUGUAAUUUUACAGAAAACAAGAUGAAAUAUAAAAUGGUUCCUAGGGUUGCAGGGGUCAGUGUUUUUACUGUAUAGAAGCAGAGCUGUCCCCUUUCCAGUGUAUUAGCUUAUUAGUGCACUGUAAAGCUAAGACAGUCUUUAGCAAUGCCCUUAAUUGAAUGGCUGUUGUUUUCUCUCAUUUCUGUCUCGUUUUGGCAAGUUUUCCCAUGGGUUGCCAGCCUUGGUAUCUUUGCUUGUUUUCCAAGGGAUUACAGGCCAUAGUGCAAAAAUAGCAUGAGUUGGUUAUUCUCCCAUUGUGUAAAGCAUUCAAAAUAUAUGUCACCCAGCUACUGGUAUGCUAGGAUGAAGAGAAACUGCAACUUAGGUUUACAAACGCAGGCCCUGAAUUUCUGUUACUUGUCUGGGAGGGCUCUGUCCUUGAGCUGCGCUUCUAAAUUACUUGACUAAGGUGCAUGAAAGACAUCCAAGGAAAUCCAAACACCUCUGUAAUUCCUGCCUUCCCUUCCCCCACCUACCCCCUACCCUGGUUGCCACCUUUGGCCACUGCCUAGGAAGAUAAUGUAGUUAUACUGCCUUUUCUCUCUCUCUUUCUCUCCAUUCAGACUUCUGUUAAAGGGUAAUGAAUUUUUAGAUGUCUGCUAGCACAACUGUUUUGUUGGCCAGAGCUGGCUCCUUUUCUGUCCUGUAUUGCCUGCCCCUCCCUCAAAUGCAGUGGAGUGGGGUGACUGUGAAUAACAGCUUCCUCUUACUGUCUGCACUUUGGAAACAGGCAGCUUUGUGGCACUGAGUGUAAAGCUUGCCUACCUUUGUGUUGUGUCCUGGCCACAAUUUUUCUACCCCUCUCAAUAAAGCCCUAACUUUUUCUUUCUAAUGCAGAAGGCAUGUAUUGUAUUGAUAUUUCUCUCUGGUUCUUUAUGCUUUCUUCCUUUCCUUUGGUGGCAGCAAUGCCAUGCUGCUCCAGGAUAGAGGGUCCUAAUGAAGGGCUGGGAAAUUGCUAUCAUUGCCCAGGAAAAGUGAAAGGCUCUAAAUUGUGUAGCAGUGUUUAUUCUAUGGCUAAAUAUUUAAAAAUGAAAUGUAGUC